AUGCAAGUCCCCCUCUCCGAUUUUCCUCGCAAGUCAGUGGAAUAAAAAAAAAAACAAUGAAAGAAAGAAAAAAAGCAUCACCUCCUCUUCUUCGGUGACUCUUUCUUUCUUCUUCUACCGAACUUUCCGCUUAUUCUCUGACCCAUUUCCGACAACCACCUCUCGAUUCUUUCCCCUUCCUUUUUAAUCCCUUCACGAACCGUAAUUUCUUCAUUUCCUCCUCCUGUCUCCGCCGCCGUCCGCCGCGCAUCAAUCGUAUCCAACGAUCUCCAACCAUAAGACCUCCUUCCACAUGCUUUCCUUCUGUUGCGUCUCUACUGUCUCCGAUCACUCUCUCCCGAUGCCGUUGCCGGAGCAACCCGGUGUGACACGAUCCGAACCGAUCAUGACUCGAUCUGCUUCCCAUUCCCAGAGUUAUAAUCAUAAUCAUCAUCAUCAAUCCAACCACCAUCCCCUCCAUCUCCAUAGUCUCUCCUUCAACCACCAGAGCCAACCUCCGCCGGUUGAUGUGAAGAUUAACGACAUCGUUGGGAAUGGAAUCGCCGGGAUAUUGCAUAAGUGGGUGAAUUACGGUAGGGGAUGGAGAUCAAGGUGGUUCGUAUUGCAGGAUGGCGUUCUUUCGUAUUAUAAAAUCCAUGGACCUGAUAAGAUCUUCCUCAGUCCUGAAUCCGAAAAGGGAUCAAAAGUUAUCGGAGAGGAGUCUGCUCGUAUGAUCUCUAGCCACCACCACUACAAGCACGGUGCCAGCCAUCUCCAUCAUCGCAAGCCUUUCGGAGAAGUCCAUCUCAAGGUUUCUUCGGUGCGGGAGAGCAGAUCAGAUGAUAAGAGGUUUUCCAUUUUCACUGGCACCAAGAGGCUCCACUUGCGAGCAGAUACGCGUGAGGACCGAGCAACUUGGGUUGAGGCACUGCAAGCUGUUAAAGAUAUGUUUCCAAGGAUGUCCAACAGUGAGUUGAUGGCCCCUACCAACAAUUUGGCCAUGUCCACUGAGAAGCUUCGUCAACGCUUGACUGAUGAAGGAGUUUGUGAGUUAGCUAUUCAGGACUGUGAGCAGAUUAUGAGGUCUGAGUUCUCUGCUCUUCAGAGCCAGUUGGUGCUUCUCAAGCAGAAGCAGUGGCUUCUCAUUGAUACCCUUAGGCAAUUAGAGACAGAAAAGGUAGAUCUGGAGAAUACACUUGUAGAUGAGAGUCAAAGGCAGGCUGUAAAUGGAGGUUCCAUUGAUUUAAGACAUGAGAAGUGCAGUGGGACUGCCACUGAAUCUGAUGAUGAUCAUGAACGAGGUGAUGCAGAAACUGAUGAGGAAGACAACACCUUUUUUGAUACACGUGACUUCCUCUCUUCAAGUUCUUUCAAAAGUAGCGGUUCUGACUUUCGUACAUCGUCGUUUUCUUCUGAUGGUGAUGGCUUUGGGUCAUCAGAAGACGAUAUCGAUCCUUCCAUCAAGUCUAUUGGAUGCGACUAUCCACACGUUAAAAGGAGGAAAAGCUUACCUGAGCCGGUUGAAAAGGAGAAAAGUGUGAGCCUUUGGUCAAUGAUCAAAGACAAUAUAGGCAAGGAUCUCACAAAAGUUUGUCUACCUGUUUACUUCAACGAGCCGCUAUCUUCUCUACAAAAGUGUUUUGAGGAUUUGGAAUAUUCAUACCUUCUUGACCGAGCAUUUGAAUGGGGCAAAAGGGGAAAUAGCCUCAUGAGGAUUCUUAACGUAGCUGCUUUUGCUGUAUCUGGGUACGCAUCAACCGAAGGAAGAAUCUGCAAACCAUUUAACCCAUUGCUAGGUGAAACAUACGAGGCAGACUAUCCAGACAAAGGCCUUCGAUUUUUCUCCGAAAAGGUCAGUCACCACCCUAUGGUUGUGGCAUGCCAUUGCGAUGGCACGGGAUGGAAAUUCUGGGCAGACAGCAAUCUGAAGAGUAAAUUUUGGGGUCGGUCAAUUCAGCUUGAUCCCGUUGGUGUAUUGACUUUGCAAUUUGAUGAUGGAGAAAUCCUUCAGUGGAGUAAGGUAACUACAUCAAUAUACAAUCUUAUACUUGGUAAACUGUACUGUGAUCACUACGGUACAAUGCGUAUUGAGGGCAGUGCUGAAUACUCUUGUAAACUUAAAUUCAAAGAACAGUCCAUCAUAGACCGGAAUCCUCACCAGGUUCAUGGUAUAGUUCAAGAUAAGAGUGGGAAGACAGUGGCAACGAUGUUUGGGAAAUGGGAUGAGAGCAUGCACUAUGUCACUGGUGAUUGUUCUGGGAAAGGGAAAUUGAGCGAAGAUAUGUCAGGAGCUCAACUUCUGUGGAAACGGAGCAAGCCUCCUGGAAGCCCAACAAAGUAUAAUCUGACACGUUUCGCAAUGACGCUGAAUGAGCUUACGCCUGGGCUUAAGGAGAAGCUGCCACCAACAGAUUCAAGGCUGCGACCGGACCAGAGGUAUCUGGAGAAUGGAGAGUUUGAAAUGGCCAACGAAGAGAAGUUGCGACUCGAACAGCGACAACGUCAGGCUAGGAAGAUGCAGGAGAGAGGAUGGAAGCCGAAGUGGUUCACGAAAGAGGAAGGGAGCGAGGCUUACCGAUACAAAGGAGGGUACUGGGAAGCCCGCGAGAGCAGAUCAUGGGAAGACUGUCCAGAUAUCUUUGGUCACAUCGAUUCCGAACAACAAACUGAGUAAAUAACAUAAGCUUCAGUUCUUUUCUCAUCGAUUCUUAAAUCACAAAAUCUUAACCUCCUAUUUUUUUUUUUCCAUUUAGAGUUUUUUUUUCAUGGGCUUUCUUUUUCAUCUCAUUAUUCUUUACUCAGAAGUUUGCGUUACAAGUGUUUUUACUUGUUAUUUUUUUUUGUAAUCAAGAAAAAAGUUCGAUUAAUAUACAAAUUUGUUCAA